GACCACGCGAUCGAGUCUGCGAACGUCGCCUCGCCGGUGUAUGAGCGGAUCUACCCGCUCUCGGACAGCGAACUGGAACAGUUGACUGAGUGGAUUAGUGACAAUCUCAGCAAGGAAUUCAUCCGCAAGUCAUUGUCAGUCGCAGGAACCUCCAUCCUCUUCAUGCGCAAGAAAAAUGGGUACCUUCCUCUUUACAUGGACGAUCGCGGCUUGAAUUUGGUGACGAAGAAGAAC